UAACGCACUGGAUGUUGUGUACCAUAAGGUUUUAAUGACCUCUCUGGAAGAAGAGGAGGAGAGUGAACUUACCAACAAAGCUUCAGAUACAAGCCCAACUGGUUAUGCCAAAGCUACACUUUCCUCUUUGCACUCAGAACAGUCUGCAGCAGCACAAUCUCUACCAUCUACGAAAUCCUCCAAUGUGCCUCACACGGUAAAACAGAUGGAAAAGAAAAUGAGAACAAGAAUGACUAAAGAAGAAAUAAGAAAGAAAAUGGAAAAGGUCCUCAAAAGUGGGAAGUAUAAGAUGAAAGUUGGACGUCUUAUCUUCUGGGAUUUUGGUGGACAAUAUGUUUAUCUAACAACACAUCAGACCUUCAUGACAUUCCGGGCAUUAUUUCUUGUAGUAUUUGAUGGGAGCAAAGAUUUGCAUGAACAGGUCCCUGAUGUGAUGUGUUUUCCAGGGCAGCACAUGACGCCAACUCCAGCAGUAUUCUUGCAGUAUUGGGUCAAUUCCAUCCUGACCUAUUGUAAGGUUGUAUAUGCAGGCAUUCCAAAGAUUUUGUUUGUUGCCACUCACAAAGACAAAGUACCAAUGGAGAAUAUUGCCACCAGACGUGAAGAGCUUUACAGAGGAAUUGAGGAAUUGUUUAAAGACCACGAGGGAAAACAUCAUCUGGUCCUUAGACCUCUAAUAUUUGUCAAUGCCAAAGAUCAAGCCGACCCAGAAAUAGAAGUUCUGAAGAAAACAAUAACAGAACUAACAUUCGACCACCCAUGCUGGGGUGAAAGGAUGCCGAAUGCAUGUGUUCCACUGGAGCUUGAGAUCGCUGAACUAGUGGCAGAAGGAAAGCAAAUAAUGUCAUUGGCUGAAAUUAAAGAAUUAAAUGCUAUCAGCGAGGUGUCUGUCCUGUCUCCUGAGCAGUUGACCGAUUUUCUACAUUAUCAACAUUCUCUAGGGAAAAUUGUCUAUUUUGACACACCACAGCUAAGAGAUAAUGUUAUCAUCAGUCCCCUUCUUAUGGUGGAAGUUAUGAGAUCUUUUAUUACUGAUGUUGAAUUCUGGCCAAAAGAAGAUAACACAAGAAAAACCUUCAAAAAGAUGUCUGAAAAUGGAAUGAUACAAAAAUUAGACCUCUACCAGAUUUGGGAGCAAGAAGAAUUUUGUCAGAUAUUACUCUUUAAAGAGUACAUAUUUGAUAUGCUGAUACACCUUGAUAUCGUAUCUGAACAGCGUAGAUAUGAUACAAAAACAGGAAGUCGGCUACCAGUAGAACACUUCUUUGUACCCUGUAUGCUUACCCAAAGAAAUGAUACAGAUUUCUUGUCACAAGAAUGUACACCAGAGAGGACUGUUAGUUUGGCCUUUGUUUUUAACGGAACCGUUGUUCCUCCAGCUUUACCGAAUCGUCUCAUAUGCGCAUGUGUCAGUAUGUGGACAUUGAAGCAAUACCGUGGAAGGAAACUUAUGUUUUCUGGGUUUGUGGGGUUAUCAGUUGAUAAAGAGCAUGAUAUCGUUGUCUGUGUAGAAGGAAAUAAGAUCUUAUUGCACCUAGUCCACAAGCGCUCCAAGGGUUUGAUUAUACCUGAUAUAGCCACCAGUGUCCGGGAUUGUUUGUUUGUUAAUUUAGAGAGAAUCUCCGAAUUUUAUCAGUUCUCCAUCCAUUGUAAAGCCAGCAGCAAGUUACCCUUCCACACCGAGUAUUCAUGCUCGAAAUUAAACUGUUUCACUUCAGAAAAUAAGAUGGCUUCCGAAACUGAGGAAUCUCUUUGUGAACACGGAGAAAACAUUAAAAAUAACUGGAGUAUUUGGAACAAGAAAAGGGAACAAAAGCAGUGUGAUGCUAAUUGUCCAGGUUUGAGUGAAGAUGCAUUAUCUCAGAUCCCAAGUAACACAGAGUUGCUUCGUCUGUCUAAUCAUUGUGAGGCACAUAUGCUACAUGAAUUGGCUCUCCAUCUUGGAAUGGACGAGAUGGUAUGGAGUGAUAUGGUAGAGAAUUACCCAACAAAUACACAGAUGGUUAAAUUUUUGACGCUUAUUCAUUUGAAAGAUAAUAAUGAAAUCAGUUUCACAGAAUUGGACAACGGAUUGAGAGAAAUGGAAGUAACAACACAUAAACUAUGUGUGGUACGUCGAAGAAAACAAGUGAAAUCUGGUAUUCCUGACGAUGUUCUAGACUGUAUUCCAUCAGACGAAAUUUUAGAUAGAUUAACACCGCUGGUUGGCAAUAUAGUUCUUCAACUAGGAAUAGAACUUGGACUUUCUGUAGAAGAGAUAGAGAGUAUUAAAGAGAAACGUGAUCGUGAUUUGACAGCACAGAAUAAGGAAGUCUUGUUUGCAUGGAGGAAAGACAGAACAGUGAAACCUACAAUACGGGUACUUGAGCAAGUUUUUGUAGAUAUUGGUAAAGGAGCAAGGUGUUUAAAGGAGGUUGUAAAGGACGUUGAUCCCAAUACACUUAAAGCAGUAGAAAUUGUUACAGAUAGAAUCAGAGAAAACGAAAACAGAAUCAUACAGGACAUACAAACCAGCCAAAUUUUAGAUCAUAUGAUGACACAUCUGGUGAUAUCAGUAGAUGACAGACGUCGUAUUGAACAACAUGCUGGACAAGAUGAUCAGAACAAAGCAUUGCUGGAUAUUGUGACCAAAAUGAGAGAACCUGUUUACAGUGUGUUUGUUGAUGGAUUACGUAUUUAUGGAUACGAAGAUAUCGCUAAUGAUUUGAAAUGUGAUUUCAGUCCAAGUCCAACAUCAGCAUCAGCGGAAAAUGAAGGCUUAUCAGUUUGGAAUUUUCCAUUUUAUAAAGUUCGUCUACAAAAGAACUACCUCAAGGUCAUCACUGAUAUACAACACGAGAACAUAGUAGAUCAUCUAAUAUCAAAAGAGGUAUUGUCAGUUGAUGAUGGGAAGAAGAUAGAAUCUGGUAAAACCCCACAGGAAAAGAACAGGAAUUUAAUGGACAUGCUGUUGCGUAAAAAUGAACAGGGAUUUAAUGAAUUUCUCAAAGCCCUACGAAAAGACUCAAUUUAUGCAGAUUUAGCAGAUCAAAUAGAGAAGACAGAAGUUACUAGCACAGAUAUGGCAACCCUUCAUAAAUGCUCAAAAUAAAAGAAAAACUUUAUACAACAAGUUAAAGACAGCUAAGACACACACAUGUAAACAAUGAAUAGAAGGAGGUAUUGUCAAUCCAAUGUUCAAUGAUUUGGUCACUUAAACCGCUAAGACAAACACAUGUAAACAAUGAA